AACCACAGCCCCACCCACUUUCUUUCCCCUUCUUUCUUCUCGGCGGAGGCGGAGGCGGAGGCGGAGGCGACAGGAAGGCGAAGGAGGAACCCUAGCCGCGCGAGGAACAAGGAACGCCCAGAUCCGCAAGGCCGGCGACGAUGGCGGCGGUUCGAUGCGCGGCGAGGAGGCUCGGUGGCGCCCUGCUCCAGCGAACGCAGGCGGAGGAGGGACGCCUGCUCGCGCCAAGCAGGCUCAUGCGCUCCCGCCACCUCUCCACCAAGGUCUCCGGCGAGCAGGCUCGCAACAUCCAGAAGAAAGGGGAUGACAUCUGGGCGGGGUUCAAAGAGACGUUAAAGAGGGUGUCGGAGCGCCCCCCAGAAAAGAAGCCAAAUGUCCUUCUGCAGCGCAUGAUGUUGAUCGAACAAGUGACUAAGAGUGUGGUCUAUGGAGCUUUCAAGCUGACAGUUGUGUAUGCGGCUGCUGCUGCUGCUUUCGGUGGCCGUUGGCUAGAAAACUAGCCUAGGCCGUUACCAAGGAAAACCAGUGAAGACAAGAUGAAGAAAUGAGAACCAAAGAUGGCCCCCAGCUUGUUUUUCUGUUUAAUUAUGACCCAUGUAGUUUGGCCAGCUAGGCACUAUGCUAUGGUACGCUGUGAUAUUACAUCUCCUAUCUACUAUUCCAGCAGAUUAUGCAGGAAACUGUAGCUUGAAGUGAACAUACUUGCAUAGCUUCUAAGGUCACUGACAUGCAUUGUUGGGCUUCUGUCUAGUGCUUCUGGAUCGAAGUGUUUGCAAUCAACUUAGAAGUGUUCGCUCUCUGAAA